UGAAAAGAGCGUAUACUAUUGAUUGAGGUAUUGUUGUAGAACAUAUGAUGUGUGUUACUUAAAGUAUCGUUCACUGACCGUUGACCUUUUGUAAUGAUGUUAUUGGAGGGUUGACAAGGGUUCUUCCGCAUACCGAGGUGGACUGCCUUCGACAGUGGUCUCACCAGCACAAGAUGUGGACUACUGUUGCACUAGUGGUGACGGUGAUUUUUAUUAUUUUCUACAAAGCAGCUUUACGACCACCAUGCUUUCCUCCAGGUCCAUUUGCCUUGCCAAUUGUGGGAAGUAUUCUUUCCAUCUUGCCGUCACCAAAGGAAUCCUUCAACAGAUUUCAGAAGAAAUAUGGACCUAUAUGUAGCUACAAGGUCUUUGAUAACUGGUCCAUCAUCGUGAAUGAUCCAGCAAUGAUGAAGCCACUUCUUGCAGAUCCAGUAUUUUCUGGACGCAAACACCUCUACCUGUUUUCACUGCGAGAUGAAGUUAUCAGUGGGAAAAAGAUGCCUUUGGGCAUAUUAGGAACCAGUGGAGAUGUGUGGAAGAACCAGCGGCGUUUCACACUAAGGAGCCUCAAGGACCUGGGAUUUGGCAGAAACAGUAUUGAGCCAAUUAUGCAGAAGGAACUGGAGGACUUGAUCAACACCUUUUCCCAAACUGAAGGUCAAAAAGUUGAUGUUGGGUUGACAUUCAACAGCAGUAUCAUCAAUGUGAUUUGGGCUAUGGUUAUCGGGAAGCGCUUUUCUCACGACGAUGUCCGUCUACAUGAACUUGUCGAUAAAGUCAACAAGAUGAUGCAGUCCUUUAACCCUUUCCACCCAGCUUAUAGAUUCCCAAUCAUUAAGAAGUUCUUCCCAAACUUGGAUGUAUACAAAAGUCAAGAUACUUACAUGAGACAACUUCUCCAGUUUAUUGAGGAUGAAACUGCUCUGUAUGAAAAGAAAUUGUCAGCUAAUGAAAGCUCCUUUAGUUAUGUUAGUGCAUAUCUUAAGGAAAUGAAAGAAGCAGAAAUUGAAGGGAAAGAGACACCAUUAAAUAUGCAUCAUCUAAAGGCCAACAUUUUUGAGCUGUUUCUGGCUGGAAGUGAAACAACUGCGUCUACCUUAUGGUGGGCGGUAUAUCUUUUGGCAUCCAACCCAGACGUCCAAAAAGCUAUACAGAAGGAAUUGGAUGAAGUUCUUGGGGAGGAUAAAUUACCUACAUUAACUCAUAUGGACAGUUUGCCUUAUACAACAGCUGCCAUAUAUGAAGUGCAGCGCGUUGCAGACCUCAUCCCAUUUGCAGUUCCCCAUGAGACAACUGAGGCUGCAACUGUGUCUGGUUACCACAUCCCAAAAGGCACAACAGUCAUGUUCAAUUUGUCGCACGGCUUGAAGGAUCCAAAAUACUGGAAAUACCCUGACCGUUUCUACCCUGAGCACUUUCUCACGGAGGAAGGGAAGCCUUACAAGCCGGAGAGUUUCAUGCCCUUCGGGUCAGGAAAGCGUGUCUGCCUGGGAGAAUCUCUCGCUCGCUUGGAGUUGUUCCUGUUCUUCACAACUCUCGUUCAUCGUUUCUCCUGGAAGUUGGCGGACGACCCAGUGAUAUGGGAGAAGAGUUUUGUGCUCUCCCGUCCUCCCAAAUUCUUGGUUGAAAUUAGUAAUAGGAACUCAAAUGCAGUGUUUUAAACUUUUAUAAUAUAAAUGAUUCAUUUGAAAAUGAUUGCAUGCAACACAUGAACACCUUAACCCAUUGAUGCUGGAAUUAUAUUACUGUUCUCACCUGUCUCACCUAUUUAUCCUUUUCUUUGAUUCAGAAAGUAUCUGUUUUAUUUUAUAAUGCCACUAGUAUUGUUAAGAACAUUAGAAUAAUAACAAUAAUAUAACAUUGAUAAAACACCAUCAAUAAACAUCAAAGUGGAAAGUAGGUGAGGUCAUGUUGGCAUACUAAUUGGCUCCAUGGUGGCUCAGCCCUGUGGAGCCUUCUACGUGCAUACAAAUUCCCAGACCUCCUCAAAUGACUCCACUGCAGAAACUCUCGAAGACAUUCAAAACUAUCUAAUUAUGACCCAAGAUGACAUGCCUACACCUCAACAUCCUCCAAUCUCUCUACUCCCAUUCCUUUUACACUCAAAAUAACUACCGACAUCCAUCCUCCUCCUACUCAUGUUCCCCCCACACCCCUUCCUCCCACUCCCUCCCAAACGUCCCAUUAACUCCUGCUUCAGCUGCAUCACCCCCCCCCCCCCCUCUUCUAACCCACUACCCCUCCCGCUUCCCCCUGGAUGUGCCCCUUUGUCACAGCAGCCCCCUUCCCUGGGUUCUCUCCCUCCGGACAUUCUUACUGAGUCUGUGAUCUAAUUGCCUUUAUACCCUUCCUCCUUUACUAAUCCCUACCUUACCCUACGAGAUCUUUGCAAAAUCACACACAUCUUUUGUAAACUUAUCAUAACAAUGUUAUAACCUAAAGUUCAAAUGUAAUACCAUUAUAUAAUGUUAUGACCAUGCAUCAAAUGUACCACAGCUUGCUCACGCCUGUGCAGUUAGCCAGGGUGGUAAAUAAAGGACUAAGCUAAAAACUUUAGUCAACUUCAACCAAA